CUGUAUAUUACGACUAGCGUCCGCGACCCCGUGCGUGCUGUGCGGGUCUGGAGCGCGUCCGGCCUUGCAUCGAUUGAAACACUGGAGCACACGUAAGGAGGCAGAAAGAGGGAUCCAUUGGACGAAAGGCAGAUAGAGAGAGGGGUUGUGAGGAAAAUUAAACAAAAGCCCCGAGCCGGAAAAAGCCAAAAAGGGUGGCGAAAGUCAGGGAAAGAGAGGGCCAAGCGCGUGACGGAAAAAGAAAGAGACAGAGACAAAGUGAGAGAUGGCGGAGGCGAGCGAGGUUUUGAUGUCGGUCCUUCCCACGAUUCGGGUUCCGAGGCCCGGGGACCGUGUCCACAAAGACGAGUGCGCCUUCUCUUUCGCUUCUCCGGAGAGUGAGGGCGGUCUGUACGUGUGCAUGAACACUUUCCUGGGGUUUGGCAGUCAGUAUGUGGACAGACACUACAGCAGGACCGGCCAGAGAGCCUACUUGCACAUCACACGCACCCGCAAAGCACAGAAGGAGGAUGACAAUAGCUCUGGUUCAGGUGACCCACCCAAGAAGAAGCCCACUCGAUUGGCAAUUGGAAUAGAGGGAGGGUUUGAUGUGGAGCAGGAUCAGUAUGAGGAGGAAGUGAAAGUGGUCCUGUUGCCUGACAGGCUGGAAGUGACAUCGGAAGACUUGGCCACCAUGCCCGAGGACGUGAGAGAGAGGGUGUCCCUGUCCAUGGCCGGCUUGAUGUCUGCCGACUCCGUCUCCCACGCGCUGCAGGUGCAGCAAUGGGACGGUGAGGUCAGGCACGAGUCCAAGCACGCCGCCGACCUCAAGCAGCUAGACAACGGAGUCAAGAUCCCUCCCAGUGGGUGGAAGUGUGAAGUGUGUGACCUGCGGGAGAACCUCUGGAUGAAUCUGUCAGAUGGGAAGGUCCUCUGUGGGCGCAGAUAUUUUGAUGGUUCCGGGGGCAACAAUCAUGCCCUCCUGCACUUCCAGCAGACUGGAUACCCCCUAGCUGUCAAGCUGGGCACAAUUACCCCUGACGGGGCAGAUGUGUACUCCUAUGAUGAAGAUGACAUGGUGCUGGACUCCAAGCUCCCAGAGCAUCUAGCGCACUUUGGAAUCGAUAUGAUGACCAUGGAAAAGACGGAGCGCACAAUGACAGAGCUGGAGAUUGCAGUGAACCAGCGCGUGGGGGAGUGGGAGGUGAUCCAGGAAUCGGGGGCCACGCUGCGGCCCCUCUCCGGCCCCGGUCUCACCGGCAUGAAGAACCUAGGAAACAGCUGCUACCUCAACUCGGUCAUGCAAGUGCUCUUCACCGUGCCAGACUUCCAGAGCAAGUACGUCUCCAACAUUGAGAAGAUUUUCAGUGAGGCUCCGAGUGACCCCACCCAGGACUUCAAAACGCAAGUAGCAAAGUUGGGCUAUGGUUUGUUGUCGGGAGAAUAUUCCAAACCUGCCCCUGACCCUGGAGAUGAUCCCACCGUGACCUCUGAAGUCAGGGGAGACCAGAUUGGAAUAGCACCACGCAUGUUCAAGGCUCUGAUUGGAAAAGGGCACCCAGAGUUCUCCACCAAUCGCCAGCAGGAUGCUCAGGAGUUUUUACUGCACUUCAUUAACAUGGUUGAGAGGAACUGCCGCUCGGAGGAGAACCCCACUGAAGCCUUCCGGUUUCUAGUGGAGGAGAGGAUUGUCUGUCAGCAGUCACACAAAGCCAAGUACACACAGAGGGUCGACUACAUCGUCCAGCUGCCUGUGCCCAUGGAUCAGGCCACCAACACAGAGGAGCUGCAGGAGGCGGAGCGUCGGCGAGAGGAGGCCGAAGCAGCAGGGGCCCCCCCGCCCCCCGCACCUCGCGCCCGCAUCCCGUUCGCCGCCUGUCUGGCCGCCUUGAGCGAGCCUGAGACUCUGACCGAUUUCUGGAGCUCCGCUGUACAGGCCAAGACCACAGCCAGCAAGACCACCCGGUUUGCCUCUUUCCCCGAUCAUCUCGUCAUCCAGGUUAAGAAGUUCACCUUUGGCCUGGACUGGGUCCCUAAGAAACUGGAUGUGAGCAUUGACGUGCCUGACACGCUGGAUCUGAGUGCACUCCGCGGGAUGGGACAGCAGCCAGGGGAGGAGCUGCUCCCAGAGUUGGCCCCGCCUCCUCUCGCGACCCCAGACGUGGAGGUCAAAGCUCCGGUCCUGGACGACUCCACGGUGUCCCAGCUGUGUGAGAUGGGCUUCCCACUGGAGGCCUGCAGGAAAGCCGUCUAUUACACUGGGAACACUGGCAUCGACGCCGCCAUGAACUGGGUAAUGGGGCACAUGGAUGACCCAGACUUCUCCGCCCCCCUGGUGUUGCCAGGCUGUAGCUCUGCUCCUGGGACCACGCCCACAGAGGCAGUAUCUGAGGAGCAUUUAGCGACCAUAGUCUCCAUGGGCUUCAGCCGGGAUCAGGCCACACGUGCACUACGGGCCACAAGCAAUGUUCUGGAGCGGGCCGUGGACUGGAUCUUCUCCCACCUGGACGACCUGGAGUCCAUGGAGGUGUCGGAAGGGGGCCGUUCGGCCGGGGAGAGUGAGGGGAGCAAGGAGCAGCCCCCAGGGCCUCGAGUCAGAGACGGACCUGGCAAGUAUGAGCUGUUUGCCUUCAUCAGUCACAUGGGAACAAGUACAAUGUGCGGCCACUACGUCUGCCACAUCAAGAAGGAUCAACAAUGGGUUAUCUUCAACGAUCAGAAAGUGUGUGCCUCUGAGAAGCCCCCAAAGGACCUGGGAUACCUGUACUUCUACAGGAGAGUGACGGAGUAAGAGGUUGACAGAGGAGAGGGGGGGAGGGGGAGUGCUUAUAUACACACACAGAUAGCCAGUCAUAUACACACAUACACUGAGCUACUGAGACAGAAGAGCCAAUACAGAAAACUGAUGUACCGUGAAUGAAAGGAAAGGCGAUGUACGGACACACUACACCAACAUACACACACACAAACACAGUGGAGUGGCGGAAAGGGAGAUGGAAUAGAUUGACUGAGGGAGGUGUACACAAACACUUUUUCCAGAGAGGAGGGUCAGUAUUCUCACUCUCUGAUGCCCGUCUCUGUCCCAACCCACCCGAGCCACCAUCACUGCUGCUCUCCACACGCCACACUCCUCUCUCCCCGUUGGCUAGCGGCUUCUGUGAUGUCAUUGCUUCUUCAGCCAAACGGCUUCCGGCUCUGCCCCCCCCCUUUAUGUUCCAAAUAUGUUUUAACAAACCCACAAACAAGUUCAACACGAAAUGUCAAAUUAAAUUCAAGGUUAAGUAUUUUUAAAAAUGUAAAAAAAAAAAAAAAUUUAAAGGUUCUUCCAGCGUGGAGGUGUAAAGAGAGGGUUGACAACCAGGAGAUUUUGUGCAAAUCAAAUUCCUGUGUUCCUUCUGCUCUGACAAAUAAAGACGUGUGUUUCU